AUGUUGGCUGGUCAAGAAACAUUCCCAUCUCUAAUUGGAGAUCGCUUUAGUCUUAGAAAUGUUCUAAGUUGGAAACCGUUGUGGAGUGGCGAAGACGGUGAAACCAAGAAAAGACAUGAAAAGAUUUUGAUUUCAAAAGAUACAGGUAUAAUAUGUCUUGGUGAUUCCAAUAGAAACGAUUAUUCUGUUCAUCAUGCUGGUGGUACAAUUAUAAAUAUUAAAAUAUUAAAAAAACUACUAUUAUUACGUAUAUUAAUUUUAAAAGUUUACGAAGCCGAUUUUCGUAUUAUAAACAAAGAAAUGAUAGUUUUAAAUAGAUUAAUAUCUAUACUAUUUUGUAUUUUUAUAUUUAACAAUGUAUGUUUAGCAUUAUCAUGUAAGAACAUAAAGGGACAAGAUGUGGCUUGGUGGAUUCAUCUUGCAGAUAGCAAUGGAGGAUCUUUAGAUUAUCAAUAUGGAAGAGGACUUUAUAUGGAUAGUAAACUAGAUCUUCGACCAUCUACCUCAUAUACUUUUUUUACCGAUUUAAUGAAACUUCAUACCAAACAAGGUGAAGGUCCAGUAAUUUCUCCGCAAGUAUGCUCAAGUAAAAAAUACUUGGGAAUGGAGUGGUAUCAUGAUCAAGCUCCGGAAAAAACAAAAAUUGAUGCUGGUGAUUUCUAUCAUGGUCAUGUAAAGGCGUUGUAUGUCUAUGAUUAUACAGAUCCAGAUGAGAAUAAAUAUACUGGUUUUUAUAUUUCACAUUCAAUGAGAAUGCCUCAUUUCACUUUGGACGACGGUCUAUUCAAUCCAAAUGACAAAGGAGAGUUGAAAGCAACUCAGCCAUCGCAGCAUGCUUUUUGUAACUCAUUGGUUGGCAAGAAGAAUCUUGACAAAUUCUUUGAUAUUCUACAAAAUACCAAAGCAGUAUUGGUGAGAGCAAAAGACGAUUGCAGAUAUUUUACCACGACUACUUCAAUGGCCACUUCUCCUAAUCUUCAAAAAUGUGAUGUAGAAUGGACAAAGCAUGUUCAACAAAAGAAAUUCAAUGAAGGUGUUAAUGUAGACGGCGAGACAAUUCUAAGGAGAGCUUUUAAUGACUAUAAAACUUAUGAAGUUACAAAGAAAUAUUGUAUGGAAAAUGGAGGUCCUUUCAAACUUGGAGCAUUUACUACUUAUUCUUUCUAUGCUAGAAAGAAAAAUGGUUGUAAUUCGCAUGGUAAAACCACCGAUUUUUAUAAACCAACAGAUCAGCUUGAAAAUGACAAUUUAAACUACCAACUCUACAGUAAAUGUUUUGCGGAAAGAUAUAACGAUAAACUAAGGGACAAAUCACAAUUGCCAGAUAUCGAUUUCGAAAUGGAUAAGAUAUUUGAAAAUGUAGAUCCAACCAAGAUUAGCAAGAUGUCAACCACACAUUGCAAAGCAGUGACUCGUUAUGAUACAAGUAACUUUGUCUGCAAGAAAGAGAAAACAGUUUGCAGUUUUACUGAUUUUGGAGUGGAUCCCUAUCUAUUGGUUGCUCGUAGUUAUAUAAAUGAAGGAGGUGACUUUUUCGUUAGUACUGAUCAAGAAACAUUUCCAUCUCUAAUUGGAGAUCGCUUUAGUCUUAGAAAUGUUCUAAGUUGGAAACCGUUGUGGAGUGGCGAAGACGGUGAAACCAAGAAAAGACAUGAAAAGAUUAUGAUUUCCAAAGAAGCAGGUAUAAUAUGUCUUGGUGAUUCCAAUAGAAACGAUUAUUCUGUUCAUCAUGCUGGUACAAUUUAUUGUUUAAAGAAUAAUGCAUUGGUAGAUAAAGUUCAUGCUUCAAUUGGAAACUAUAAUGAAUAUAGACAAUUUUACUUUGGUUCACGUGGUAGGCUUGCUUUGAAACCACAAUUGGUAUUCGAGAAUAUUCAACCUGCCUGCUAUUUAUACGCAAUGAGCUUAUACCAUCCAAUAGAUACAGAUGUUGCAGAGGAUAUGAAAUUCUACAAACAGAGUGCUGCAGGACCCAAGUUACAGAGAAGGUACCGUCCAGGAACAUUAUCCAACACCAAAAAGAGAGAGAAUGAAGGUGAACUAGUAAUGCAUAUCUUGCCACCUGGAGUUCGUUUCACCAGAAGUAAUGCCAAGAAACUGAAAGAGGAAAUCAAAAAUAUGGGCAUUUAUGAUCAAAAUUAA